AUGUCUAACGUUGCUAAAAUCAAAAUCGCAGAAGUGUUUGACAAACCUAAGCAUUUUUUACUGAAAAGUGAAGUCCAUUCUGAUCCAGAAGAUUUUGUUGAUUCGGACUCAGAAGACGAUGAUGUUGAUAUUCGUUUCUACGUAAGAAGAAAUGAAACUAUCAAAGAAAGGUUCGAUGAGCCAUUCCUAGAAAAUCCAGAUCCGGACUUUAUGAUGCCAUCCUGUGUCCGAGAAAUCCUGCGGUCUGAAGGAUUGUCAAGCCAAGUCAUUGACAAGGCGAUUUGGGUAGGGGAGAAACGUCAUCGUCUUGCCAUGCAUCUUACAGUGCAGCAGGAAAAGAAAUGCCAGCGUUCGAAUGAUGGACGGAAGAACGGAAAGAAAUCAGUGAACUCUCUACAACUGCCUCAGCUUGACGCGUGUGAUGGCUCCCAUCUCCUGAGCUCGUCCGACCAUUCCCUCAUUUGUCAGGACUGUCGUGACGUUUCGGCACGCCAGAGGCGGCGACACGAGAGGGCGCGACCUUGGCAAGACGUUUCCCCUUGCCGCACAGACAUGUCGGAUGCCGAAAAUUCUUCUAAGUCAAAAGAGCUAAAGUUUGAGAAGGUAACAUUUUGUCUCACGGAGGCAGAGACAGCACAAUGGAUGUCGGCCCAGCAAAUAGAGCGCAGCUUGGUUGGAAGCGCAUUCGAACCUCCUCGUCUGGUGCUUGUGUCAUCAAAGAUGUCCAAAUGCCAAUACCUACCGAAGGUGCUCUUAGAGGAUCAGACUAUCCUACAUAUUAUAUAUGAUUUUGACACGUGGUCUUUUUGUGAUAUCAUAAACGCGGUGGAGAAGAAAUUGUCCAGUGUGAAGCCAGGCUGUAGGGCUAAAUCGAUACUCAUACUAUGUCAGGGUGGACCGGGUUACUUGUAUAUACUUCGUAAAUUCGUCAUUACGCCUCAGAAACUGAAAAAGGAAUCGUACAAGGGCGUGAGAGAGUUUUGGAAGGACUUAAGCAGUAUGGUUAGUAAGAUUAACCCAGAGGAGUCCAAACUCCAUAUUUGUGGAUGUGACUUGACAAGCGGACCCCAAGGAUAUGAGGUAAUGAAUAUACUUCAACGGCUGAUUCACCAUAACAUGGUUUACAUUGAAAACGCUGUCAGCAACACACAGGAAGACCAUGACAUAGUAACGCUUUACUUUAAUAAAAAGCGAUAUGAUCUAUGGCGGUCGAAACAAGACGACAGCGAUGACGAAAUCGACUUCGAUGUACUAGACGAUAAAAACGACGAGACUGAAAGUGUGGUGAGAACGUGGUCGUCUCUGGCUGCAGAAGCCAAUGACUCGGAUCAAGGAUGA